UUGAGCUCACUAUCAAGAGUUGACACAUGAUCUACACAUUUCUACGAUUUCGUUUAUUAAUUAAUGACUUUUUAUUAUGGGAAAUACAUCUUCAAGUCAUGGGGUUCAAAUGAAUGCUACUGAAACGGUAGUAACUUCGGGUGAACCAAACAAUAAUAAUGACGUUGAAAAAAAUUCUCAAGUACAAAACUCUGGAAGGAAGUUUGAAUGUCCAUUACUUCAACACAAAAAAGAAAAGAAAAAUGAACAAAUUUCUGGAAGUAAAUCAGAAUGUCCUAUACUUCAUAACUCUGAAAAGAAGGAUCAGACAAAAAAAAAUGGAUGCGUUAUUGCUGGAGCAAAUGAUGAAAUAAAUCCGCUGAAUAUGAUGCCUCCCCCUAAUCAAAAUCCUGCACCAGAUCAGCCAUUUCCUUUACCGACUGAUAGAGAAGUAUCAACAAUACCUAAGGCUGAAGGUGAUUUUUGGGUUUAUCCAUCUGCUCAAAUGUUUUGGAAUGCAAUGUUACGCAAAGGUUGGCGUUGGAAAGAUGAUGACUUAUCACCAAAGGAUAUGGAUGUAAUAAUAAAAAUACAUAAUUUUAAUAAUGAAUUAGCUUGGCGGGAAGUACUUAAAUGGGAAGCUUUUCAUGCAAAUGAGUGUAUGUCACCAACACUAAGAAGCUUUGGUGGUAAAGCUAAGGACUAUUCUCCUAGAGCAAGAAUACGAAAUUGGAUGGGUUAUGAAAUGCCUUUUGAUAGACAUGAUUGGAUUGUUGACCGUUGUGGAAAAGAUGUCCGUUAUGUUAUUGAUUAUUAUAGUAUUGAUAAAACAGAUAACAAAUAUCAAGUAGCAGCGUUAGAUGUAAGACCUGCUUUAGAUUCCUUUCAAGCUUUAUGGGAUCGAACUAAGGCUGCUUAUUGGAGAUGGCGUUUCGAAGCAGAAAUGGAAAGAAAUAUUGUCAAUAAAAUGGAAGAACUAAAAAAAACUGAUAAAGUAUAAAUGUAUAUAAUUUUGCUUAAGAACUGUAGCAUAAUAUGUUAGAUUUAUGUUUUCAAAUAUAUUUAAAAUAAAAUGUGAAUAAAUUUGCCUUAUUUGUC